AUGGCUACUCAGUACGAAGUCGAACACAAUGUCAAGUUUGCCGAAGGUCGCCGCUCAGGCCGUCGCGUAGACAUGUCAUCAUUCUUCUCCCUCCUCGAUCAGAUCGCCGAACCUUCAGGCAGCCAAACUCCUCAUCACAACCCACACGCCACGCCCACCCCCGUAGAUACGGCUGCUCUCUUCCGCCUCCUCCAGGAACAGCUACACCUGCUGCACACAACUGCUCCUACAGACGAUAACCGAGAUUUCCUAGAGUCUCUGAUAAUGAAUCUCGAAGAUGAUAUCAACGACCCACCCACUCGCUUGCAUGGCGUGUCGCAAGAGUUCGUUGACUCAAUCGACCGUGUUAAUCGCAAAACCCUCAAGAAAGAUGACGACUGCGCCAUCUGCAAGGUUCCCUAUUUAGAAGACGAGUAUUGCCUAGUUGUUGAGCUUCCCUGCAAAGGAGGCCAUCGAUUUGAUCUUGAGUGCGUUGGACCUUGGUUGCGCAGCAAGGGUACAUGUCCCAUGUGCCGUCAAGACUUGGGGAAGAAGAAGGAGGUCCCUGCAGUGCAGGAUGAUGAUGAGGAGGAGGACGGCGACAUGAUGUACGCCUAG